CAGAACUCGCAUUGCAUCUGAACGCAUGCAGAUCAGAGUUUUAAAAAUGAGUUAAUUCUCUCGUAACAAAUAGCAAAGAGUUUUAUCCUAAAUUGGUUUCUUAUAUUCAACAUUUCUUGUAAUUACAUAAUUAGUUCUAGGAUGGACAGUAAACCUCAGGACAAAAAUUGCUACGAGGUUAAAUGCUCCGAAGAACUCGGGCGCUAUUUAGUGGCCAAUCGCGACAUUUCCCCACUGGAAGUGGUGAUUCGAGAGUCCCCUUUGGUGUGUGCACCAGCGGACGACCCCAACUACGAAGACAUGGGAAGAAUGUGCUUGGGUUGCUUCGCCAGAAUCCCUUCAAAUUCCACUACCUCGUCGUGCUCCAAAUGUGGGUGGCCUGUUUGUGACAUCGACUGUCAAACGAUAUCGCACCAUUCAAGCAAUGAAUGUGAAUUCUUUGAAAAGCAAAAGAUUUCCUUCAAAACGCUUCCAUUUCAACAUUUGCUCAACGAAACUAUUUUCAUUCUCCGGUGCAUUUUACUGAAACAAAGAAAUCCGGUGGCAUUCAACAACGUAAUUCUCAAGUUUGAACAUCACACGCAGGUCAGAAUGGAAAAACCAGACUGCGUGGAAAAGGACAAAAAGAUUCUCGCCAAUCUCAGUGAGAUACAAGCCUUGUCAAACUCAAAGUGGUUUGACUUAGAUGAAGAUGAAAUCAUCCAAAUUUCUGGGAUCAUAAAUGUAAAUGCAUUUUCUUCGACAAAGUUGGAAGAUGAGUGUCGCUCGCGUCGAGUGCGUCGUCGUGUGACGAUAUGUCAGUGCUUGUACCCAACCGCAACCCUGCUGGCACAUCAAUGUGUCCCCAAUGCAACGUGGACCUUGUCAGCGUCGCCUCAUUUCGAGCAAACAAUUCGCACCACCGUUCCGAUCAAGAAGGGAGAAAUGAUUGCCAUUGCAUAUGCUCCACAAGAAAUUAUGUGGCCCACGUUGCAACGUCUCAUAUCGUCCAACGACGUGGCACAUUUUAUUUGCCACUGUUUUCGAUGUCAAGACCCCACAGAGCUCGGAAGCUUUAUCGGAGCAAUCAAGUGUGGUAAAUGCGUCCGUGAUAUUGGUGGAUGUGAAAAUGAGGAUGUCCGAUUUUUACUACCAAACAACCCCAUUGAUCCAGAAUCCCUAUGGUCCUGUCAGAAUCCAAAUUGUGGAGCUACUAAAACAGUGGAGCAAGUGAUAAAAACAGUUCAUCAAAUUGAGCGUCGAUUUAAUCGUAUUAAGAAUUCAGUGUAUUCCACACAAACAGAAAUUUCAGAGUUGGAAGAGCUGUAUAAAGAAAGUCUAGAAAAUUGUUUGCAUAAAAAUCACUAUUUACUGCAAGAAAUCUCAUUACGAAUCGUGAAUCGAAAUUCACUUUCGAUCUAUUGCUUAGAUUCAGACGACUUGGAACGAUUUUUAUUUCACUGCAAUUCGAUACUCAAUUUGAGCAGUGUCCUUAGUCCGGGGUUCUGCAGGGCCAGAGCUCUCAUUCAGUUUUACACAGGCCAGGCCAUGAUGGUCAGGGCAAGGAAAUAUAUGAAGGGCCGAGAUUCGGCAGACAACAAAACCUUGUUGUACAACAUGUUCAGCCCAAUUUAUAAGCUGCAAAAAGAUUCAUAUUCUUAUUUCAAGACUGAGGAUGAAAAUGACAACCGUCACAGAGCCGUGAAAGGUUACAACCAAUAUGUGGCGUGUCUAGUGGAAGAAAUGGAAGAGUGCUUAAAAGCCAUGCAGAUCCAAGAAUGACAUUUAUGAAAUAAAUAAAUAGCAGUUCACGCUGACAAUUUUUGUUCAAGUUCUAAAAACUAUAGCUGUUUACUAUUUUAUUUAGAUUUCACUUGUUUGCAUCAUCGGGUCACAUAUUUCAUCAUUUCUUUUUUUUGUAUCCAGCAUUCUCCUUCUUAUCUUGUGAACCCGAGAUAAUAAGCACUCCUUCAAGGUACAUUUCGCUGUGACUCCAGAUUAUACACAACUCGUAUGUAUGCACAUACUUACGUAAAUUUAUGUAACUUAUCCUACAUAAAUUUGUUCAUCACGCAAAUAAACAGAUAUUUUUAUA